AUGAAUAAUCCAGUGAAUAUAUUUGAUGAUGAAGAAGAAUUGGAUAUUAAGAAUAAUAAAUAUGAUUUUAUUCCACAUGGUGUUAUUAGAAAACAUACUGAAGGUGAUAAACCAAAUCCUAAACUUAGAGCUUGUAUUUCAUGUAGAUUAAUUAUGUCUGAAAAUCAGGUAUUCCAUUACGGUGCUUGCAACAGCAGCUCCGAUAUCACUAGCCCCCGAAAGGGGUACUUUAGUAUUAGAGGAAUAGUUAUACCCUUAAGGGGCUUCUAUAGUUAUAUACCUAUAAUAGUAGUACACUUCAUAGCUGUAGUUAGCUCCCUUUCCAAUAGUACACUCUAUACCCAUAGAAUUAGCUCCCUUUCCAGGGGUUACUUAUUUUAUGAGAAUGGUUGUGGUAAUUGUUCAUUUUUACAAAUGGAUGGUGAUCAUAGACGUAUUCUUGAUUGUACUAGUUCCAAUUUUAAUGGUUUUAUUUCCAUUAUUGAUCCACAAAAAUCUUGGUCUGCUCGAUACAAUAAUUUAAGUAUCCCCGUUACGGUGCUUGUACACACCAGCCCCGAAAGGGGUUUCUUAACCCCUGAAAGGGCUUCCUUUAGUUAUACAGUUAUUUACAAUGAUUUAAUACCUGGAUGUUAUGCUAUAUCAGUUAAUGGAACACUUCCAGAAUCAAUUAAAGAUGAAUUAUUACAAUAA